AUGACCUUCGAUGACAAAGCACAAUGUAUUCAAGCAGUCAAAGAAUACAACAUCAGAAAUCAUUUUGAUUGCAAAACAAUUUACUCUAACCAGAGAAGGCUAAACUUCGUCUGCAAGUUACAUGAAAAUGGUUCUACAUGGAGCUUGGGUGCAUGCAAUUCAAAGAGGCAUGACAAAUGGAUUAUCAAGAGUAUCAGAGGUCAUCAUACUUGUCUCGUGCCGAUGCUCAGACAAGAUCAUCGCCAACUCGACAAACACGUCAUAGCACAGAUCAUCCAACCAAUUGUCAAAACAAAUCCAACCGUCUCCAUCAAGACGUUGAUUGUAGAGAUCAAAACGUUCAUGAAUUAUACCCCAUCCUACAAGAAGACAUGGUUAGCAAAACAAAGAGCAUUGGAGAUGAUUCAUAGAAACUGGGAAGAAUCAUAUGCCAAACUGCCAAAACUUUUUAGAGCUUUGCAAUCUUGUGUUCCCGGGACUGUGAUCGCUGCUCAAACAGAAUCCUUGUAUGAGGGGGACGAAAUAGUACCAGGCAAAAGAUUGUUUAAACGUGUCUUUUGGUCAUUUGGUCCAUGCAUUAAUGGUUUUGCAUAUUGCAAACUCAUAGUACAAUUUGAUGGUACAUGGCUUUACGGGAAGUAUACUGGCACAUUGUUGAUAGCUACCGUACAAGAUGGAGCUAACCAUAUCUUCCCGAUUGCCUACGCCAUUGUAGAAGGGGAGACAACUUCAGCUUAG